UCAUUCCAGCACUGACAAAUCUUUAACAAUUUCGUAUAUCUUUAAAAACAAAUAGUAAACAUGAAUUUUUUAACUAUAAUUCGGAAUAACUGGAAAAAAAGUGCUUGUGCUGCUGCUAUUUCUGGAUAUGGUAUAUAUUCGAUGAAGAUACACUAUGAGAUAACAAACUACAUGAGGCAACUGUGUAAUGAUGUCGCUUUUUCGGGUGGAAUAGAGGACAGUGUACCAAAAAAGGUUCUUGUUGUUAUGAAUCCCGUUGCAAAUAAAAAGAAAGCAGAAAAGUCCUUCAAAAAAUAUUGCGAACCAAUUUUGCAUCUAGCUGGAUAUUCCGUUGAAAUGCUGCGGACUAGUCACAUUGGUCAUGCCAAAACUUUUAUUGAAGAAAUGAACAAUCUUCCUGAUGCCAUUGUUGUAGCUGGAGGAGAUGGCACUACAUCCGAGGUUGUAACCGGACUAAUGCGUAGAAAUAGCGGCAAUUCAUGUCCUAUAGUUUUGUUGCCCCUAGGGCGCACUAGUCAAUCUGCAUCGAAAUACUUCCAACAUGACGUAAAAAAUGAUGUUGAUUAUGUGAAAGCAUUGUCCGGCUCAUUAAUGCCGUUGCUUAAAGGAAAUUUUAAGUUCGAGAGCGUGAUCCAGUAUGAUGUACUCGAUAAAGAGGCUAGCAUUGAUGGUCCUAAAAAUCUAAAACCCAUUUUUGGACUCAAUCGAUUCUCUUGGGGCCUGAUGAAGGAUAUUGAUGCAGUUAAAGAUAAAUACUGGUAUUUCGGAAUCUUGCGACAUUAUGCGGCUGCGUUUUUUAAAUCGUUUUCCAGCUCUGUAAACUGGAAUUUCGAAACAGAUUACAUUUACACACCUCCGUGUCCCGGUUGUAGUAAUUGUUUUGUAAAAAGCCAAGCGAAAUCUCCGUCUGUUUUCUUUUUACGAAAUCUUGUUGCGCCAAAGACUAACACCGGAAGAUCCGAAAAUGAAAAAACAGCCCGUAAUGAUAGCUGCACCACAAAAUUUGAGGGUCGGAUUGAGACCAAUCAGUUGAAUAUUGCUUGCAACAGAAACGAAGAGAAUUACUCUGAAUUAGAAAGCGAGUUUAUUAACUCCUUACAGCCUGGGUGGGAUUUUGUUAAGAAUAUUCCUAACAUUACCAAAAACGCUAUAACUCCAAACUUGGUGCUUAGAAGUCGAACUAUCCAGCUAUAUCCCAUAGCGGAUACGUCCAACAUUUUUUAUUCAAUUGACGGAGAAGAAUAUGACGCCAGACCUAUAAAGGUAUCCGUUGUUCCAAAUGCUAUAAAGGUUUGUUGUUAAUUCAUAGAUACGGAUGUAUAUUAUAUGUAAUAAUCUGACAUAAAUAAAAAUACAUGCCAAUUGUUAUUUUUGAA